AUGUGUAGACAAGCAAGUUGUCCGACCUGCCAGAAGGAAACCUGGUUUGGCUGCGGUCAACAUUUACCAUCCGUCUUCUCCUCCAUUUCAGCCGAUCAAAAAUGCACCUGCGUACCGAAGUUUGAGAAGGACGGAGUGGAAUAUCCCCCAAAAGUUGGCACCGGAAAAGCACAGGAUUCCGAUAAUAGUGCCUGUCGGUUUAGGGGUUCUGAUUUGGAUUUGGUGGUCAUAAAUGGCUCAGGAGGUAUUGAAAGAACUCUUGGUUUCACACUUGACCACGAUCUUACAAAGAAUCUUACCAGAAACCAACUUGAAGACGACUUGAUCAUUGAUCUUAGUCAGCCUCUUGGAGAAAAGAUUUGGAUCGAUGUCGGCGGAGAAUCUUUCCACAUCCACGAGGAUUUGUUGCGCAAAGACAUGAAUUUCAUUGACAUUCUUAAAUAUGGUUCGUUCGUAAAAAACGAAACACCUGAAAUGUUCGAAAUCUUCGCCCAAUGGCUCUACACACGACAUUUCAUCAGGCAACCAACGAUCAAAGUAGCUCUAGAGCUAUGGUUUUUUGCCAGGAAGAUUUCGUGUCAGAAACUCCAAAACUUUACUAUGGAUUUUAUUCAGGAUUCCUACCGUUGGGUCGACGAGAUGAUGGAAACGGAAGAGCUGAGAUAUGUUUUUGAAGCGACCAAAGAUGACACGGACAUUGGUCCUUUGGAGAAAUUCUGUGUUGUUUUGCUUCACUACCAUACUACUCACGUCGAUCACUAUUGCGUUCGCAAUAUUCUUUUGGAAGUCCCGGCUGCCGUCGGCCCAUACCUUCUUUAUGAAGCUGAAUGCUAUGACCGUCGCAAAUUUCAUGAUUGCGAUCCCAGUGUCCGAACCGAAGGCAAUCUAUGCGAGUUUCACUCCCACGACAAGGGCAGCAUCGUUCUCGAGCCCUGUAAAUCGGAACCCAAUAAGCCUUAG